CCGUAAAUCUUGGUACCCUCCCCAAUGGCCCCUUCCCUGCUGCAACUCUAGCAUCAGAUAACGGGUUAUUCAUUGUACGAGUCCCACGGAAGAUUGAAAAACAUUGGUACGACAACAUGACGCUUAUAUCGGUAUCAGACGACCCGCACGUUCAGCUCCUUGCUUCUCCCGACCCUUCUACUCCGUCUUUCCACCCAAGUUCUUGGCUGGCUGUUCCUCAUCGUCGCACGCUUGGUUUUUCUCCCGGAGCACGAUAUAUUGGCGCUUUUGAUGGAGUCAGUGCUUUCGCCUGGUCAACGAAGUCAGGUGAAUUCAUUGCGUGUUACCGCGUUACGAAUUUCAGUUCUUGGAUUAUGAAUCCCACCGUCCCCACCACUCGCUCAUAUCUCAUCCCUGACCCUGUAUCCACUCGACUCACUCCCUUGGCAGAAGGUGAUACGGCGGAUGUUCAUCUUUCCGGGGCAGAUGCAGCGCAUGACUCUGAUGGGCACUGGAUCAAGCACCCAUUUCUAGACCUUUCACCAAGCAUGCACGAAGGCCUCGACGUCUAUUCAUCUGUCACAGGGAGAACCCCAUUGCUUUGGACCGGAAACAUAAGCGAGGAGCUACCGAUAUGGUUUGACGGCAGAACAGAAUUCACUGUCCCCCGGCAGUACCCACCGGUUGAUUUCAGGGCAAGUGGCAUCAACCAUCUAGGGGCCUGGUAUGGUGAUAGAGUGCCCUCAGAUGCCACGAACCUCUACCGCCUCCGGUCCAGCAAGGAUGGGACUCGAUUUCUCCUCCAAGGCCAGACGACAGUCCCAAUUGUUGUCGAUAUUAGCCAAGUCGUUUAAUCCGCAGCGGUUGUGACUUCUUCCUCCUCACUUGCUAGUCUUCAAGCUCGAGCUUCUUUCUGUUACAACGAUAGUUAGAACUGUGCAUCACUGUACUUGAUAUCUUAUAACAUGAAUGGUAAUGACUCAGUAACACC